UGUAAACAUACAAACGGUGAUUGUUCAAUAGGAUGUCUUGGAUAUAGCGAUUCUCCCAAAUGCACAACUGGUAAUGCUAAUAUUAUAUACAUUAGAUAUCAGGGGUCAUAAAUUCGAGGCCCGCAAGACGAUAUUUUGUUGCCCGAUACCUGACUGUAAAGUUUAAUGGUAAUGCUACCCGCGCCUUUUCCCCAUUCUCAUUAAAUAAAUUAGGUCACAGUUUAGAAAUUUUCUAUAAUGUGGCCUCCUGCGGCGGUUUUCGUCAAAUCUCAAAGACUAGAAUAUUAUGAUUUUUUUUUCAUUUAUAUGUAGCUUUUAUGUUAAUUAUAAUUUAAAAGACAUUUGUAAAAUAGAACAAUAUGCUUUUUAAUUUUAUAUCAAUUUAUUGAACAAACGUUGCCAAAAGUGGUUUUGAGAAAUGACGCUUAGAUUUUUUUUUAUAUUCCUAACAAGCUUUUAAAAUAGAGUUAUUGGCUAAUGCACAAACACAAGUGUGUAAAUCGUAACAGUCUGACACAGUAUCAAAGAAUCCCUAUUAACUUGCCGUUAAUGUGUAAUAAUUAGGAGUGAGGGAAAUUCUGAGCCUGUCCACUUGUUCAAUUUCAAAAGUUUCAUUACUAUGCAUCGCACAACAACAAAUAAACCUUUUUUAGAGAGCUAGGCAAAUAAAUUGCUGUCUAAUGGAAUGAGCCCUUUUGAAGAUCAUUACAGUAAAAUUUGGCUAGGAUUAUAUGCUCUCAUGGGACAAGAAUAAAUUUAGGAAUUUACCAGAGUCUUCAAAUCAGGGGUCUCAAACUCAAAUUAGCCGGGGGCCGCAGGAGGUAGUGUCUGAGUGAAAGGGGCUGCAUUAAGUAAUUUACACAAAAAAGUGAUUACAAAUUCAAGUACAGCUGUUACAAUCUGCUCAAACUUUAGUAAUAUCAAAUACAACAUUAAGGGUUCUCAAGAACAAUGCUUCAAUCUCUUCUUCUGCGUGUUGCCAGAGCCCUGACAGCGCUUCCUCUUACACACAUGAGCAACAUUUCUCUUGAGUGAGGAAGCCAAUGAGACCCUCAGUAAAGCUUGAAAAUGCUCAUCAGUAAGUUGGCCCUGAACUUUGACUUGUUAAAAUUAAUGGUGCAAAAGAGCUUUUAACACAGAUAGGUACUCCGAUAAAGGUAUAUGAUCCACUUGAACAACCUGGAUAUCCCAGGAAAGGUGGAGGGCAAUGCUCUCAUACAUUGUUAAAUCUUGUGUGUUUUUCUAUUCAACUCCCUGAACUUAGCCCUGAGUUCAGAAUUGCACUGAAGUUCAAUCAGCUCCUUUUGAAGCGCAUGGGGGCAUCUUCCACAAUUAAGGAAAAUGAGUCAGCAAACAUUUGAAAUGUGGCUCUGUGUGGUUUGAAGUCUGUAAAGCUGUGAUCAAAUUCUUCCUGUAGCUUUUCAAUCACAUCAGUAUACUUAUUACUAAAUGGUGUGCCCAAGUCCAUGAGUACUUUGCAUGUUGGAAAAUGGCAGAGGUUUCUCUCAGAAAGCUGGGCUUUCCAUAACACAAGUUUUGUGCAGAAUGCCCUGACAUAGACAUAGGCAACACUGUCAAGCUUCCCCUGGCCUUUCAAUUUAUUUUUGAGUACAUUCAGCUCAUGUGUAAUAUCAACAAGAAAAGCAAAGUCUAUAAGCCAUUUGGGAUCAUUUAUUAUAGGAACAACCACCCCAUCCUUCUCCAUGAAGGCUUUGAUGUCUGCUCUCAACUAAAAAAAAAUAAUUUCAAGACGUUUCCCCUACUAAGCCAACGUACAGGGGUUAAGUAAAUGACAUCCUCAUAUGCUGACUCCAUUUCCUCUAAAAAGGCACGGAACUGCCAAUAUUUCAAGGCCCUGGAUCUGAUAUGGCUGAUGCAUUUCCCAACGUCAGACAUCACAUUGUCAAACUUACGGCAUUUGCUGCAAAGGGCCUGCUGAUAAAUAAUGGAGUGUAGUGCAAUGGUCUCUUCCAUAACCCCCUCUUCCAGUUUUCUUUGAACAUGUGCCACGAGCCCAUUUAUUGUCCAUGUGAUUGAUAGCGCUUCGUCGGUUGUUAUUCCUGCACAAUUUUCCACAGUAAACCGGCAUCUACAAUUGCAUCACACAGCUGGCGAAAAAAAGGCUGAGCAGUUGCCUGGCCAUCCAUCGGAAUCACUUUGAGCAGCUCCUCCAUCACUUCAAAAUUAUAUCAACACCACGACAUGUAUUGCGAGCUGUGCAGUGUCAGUAACAUUUAAGCUUUCAUCAAGGGCGGAUUAGUAUGCAUGGAAAUGUUUGCCUUUCUCGCACAUUUGAUUAUAAAAAUCACCUGAACGCUCUGAAAUGCGCUGUGCCACAGCUUUGUCUGAAGGGCUAACGUGGCUAAACCGAAACUUCUUUUCCGACUAAAAUUGCAGCUUGUAAUAUGCAAUUUUCGAUGAACUCACCUUCUUUGAAUUACUUUCCUGCCUUGACAAUCAUCUCACUCAUCAUGUAACUAGCUUCAACUGCUGCAUUACUUUCUUUGUUUGCUUUCUUGAAAUAAUCUUGCUGCCUCAGUAGACAUGUUUUAAGUUUAGCAAUCAGGGCCUCUCACAUCUCGCUGAUAUUUUGCAUACGCCUCAGCAUAUCUAGUUAAGUAAUGACGUCUGAUGUUGUACUUCUUGUGCACCACAGCUUUCUCGGUACACGUCCGAAUGCCCCUGUGCUCAACAAAGCAAUAGUCCGUCUCCCAAUUCUCCUAAAAUUGUCUGCGUUCAUUGCAGACCUUUCUAUUCACAGCAGAUUUUGUAAAAGAGAUGACGGGGGGUCGGGUAACACAAAUAUUUAUUUGCUCUGUUUGAUAAAAUAGAUUUUUACUCCACUCGGUAACACUUCCAAAUAAAUUGUCAAGCUAACAGGCUCAGAACUUCCGUCACUCGUGACUGGUACACGCUAACAGAAUUUUAAUAGGGAUUGUGUGAUACUGUGUCACAUUGCUACGAUUUACACAGUUAUGGUUGUGCAUUAACCACUGAGUUUAUAAACUUUUGAUACAUGUAUAAACAAUAUUCGAAACGUGUUUUCUCAAAACCACACUCUGGUCAUUUUUUUUCUCAUAACAUGCUAUCCAAUAAAACCGAUUUUAAAAUUGGUAUACCAUUAUAAUCAAUUUCAAAACCUCUAAAUGUUUAUAUAAACAUAAUAAAAUCAGAAUUAAACUAGCCAGUGAGAUUCCACUGAAAUCGUCUCAGAAUGGGGACAACGGGUGGUUUGCAUUAAUACUAAACUGCAUUGUCAGGUAGCGGGCCGCAAAAUACAGUCAUGUUUGCCGCAAAUAGCCCGCUGGGCGCGAGAUUGAGACCCCUGGUUUACAAUGUUUACUCCUCAAAACCUUUUCAUUUUCUAAGCAUGUUUUCGUAAGCCUAGUAUUAAUAAACAUCUACUGACCGGAGACUAUCUGAGGUUUGUCUAGUGUCGAGUAACCUGUGGUUAUAACUGUCAAACUUUAUGUGUUCUAAAUGUAAUUUUAAAAAUGAAUGUUUCUCGAGUUUCUGAUUUACAUUUAAAAGUAAACUUACUCUUCUACACUCUCGAGUAAAUGUGACAAUGAUAGGUUGUGCAUUUAUUUUUAAUGAUAGCUGCGAUUGAGAUAUCCUGUAAAUAAAAGAAAGACGUUAGAUGUUAUGUUAAAUAACUUGGAAAAUAUGAAUUUCUUUAGACACAAAUAACAUUUUUUUAAACCUCAGUUUGGAAGGCAAAAGUCAAGCUUGUCUCUCCGUGAAGAAUUAUUCGAAGGCAUUCUGGCAAAUGUAAUUAUUUUCUAGUCACUUUAGAUUUAGGAGUAAAAAAAAAAGGCUUAACUCUCACGCUAACUCGUAAAGUCGUUCUGUCUGACUUUGAGACAGUAUUUUUGUGAGCGCCCGGGUAAGCGAUGAAAGUGAUCGAUCCUUAAUUCAUUAUUUAUUGAAAGGCGUACAGAGACAAAGAUGGGAUAUCGAUUUACUUAACAAUUGGAUUCCAGACUAUUUAACAAUUUAAAAGACAUUGCCUGUGAAUUAUUUUCAGUCAUUUCCUCUGACUCAACAAAAGCUCCUUAUCUCAGAAAAGCACAAUUCUUCUGAUUUUUAAAAUAAAGAUUGCAGCAAUGAAAUUUUGUACGUCUAACAUUACUCUCUCAGGUGUGCGUAUUGAGUUAGCUCAAACAGUGCGGUACCUGGGUGUCUACCUAGAUAGAACACUAACUUUUGAAAGUCAUAUUAACAUGUGAUGCAAGGCGAUUUUAUGGAGCUGCGCAGGAUUAGUCACAUAAGGCCCUUCCUAACAAUUGAUGCAACAAAGAGGCUGAUGUCUGCAUUUGUGCUAUCACGCUUGGACUAUUGCAAUGCUCUCAUGGUGGAUCUGCCAGCUACGCUCCUGGAUAAAAUUCAAAUAGCACAAAAUAAUGCGGCUCGCAUUGUUCUCCGCAAACGCAAGUUCGACCAUCAAAAACACUUCUGAGAGAGUUGCACUGGCUGCCGGUGCGUGCUCGCAUAGAGUACAAAAUCGCAACUUUGUGCUACCGCUGCUUACAUGACCUGGCGCCGUCCUAUCUGAAAGAGCUGCUGACGCCUUAUGUACCCACUAGAGAGCUCCGCUCAUCCGAUAGUGGCAAACUCUUGACACCACGUGUUUGCCUUGAGACUUACGGAAAGCGCACUUUUGCAUUUGCUUUUCAAACAAUUUGGAACACCCUUCCUGUCGAUCUAAGAAACAACCAGUCACUGGAGUCCUUUAAAACCGAUUUAAAGACAUAUCUAUUUCGCAAACACCUUCUGGGAUGAUUGUCUACCUUAUUUUCCAGUUAAUGCAUAAUGGCUGAGUUGCUUAUUGUUGAAAUGGCUAGAAAGUCUUUGACAUUGUAUGCUUGUAAUUAGUUUUUGUAGUGUUGCGUUUGUUUUAAAUGUGGUAAAUUAUAGAUUUGUUUUUUGUUGACUUUGUACCGCGCUUCGAGCCUUUGGGGAUGAAGCGUGGUUUUUUAAAUGAACUUUAUUAUUAUUAUUAAAAUAUGAUUAAAGUAAGAUUCAAAUUACCGUGGAUUAAAUUUCUCAGAAAAGCAAUAAAUAUUAACGUGAAACUUACUAUUUAAAGAAAAACUUGAAUUGCUUUGGAAUAAAGAAAUGUGCUUUCGUUUAGAAAAAUACAUCACACAUUGAUUUUUUUCAAACUUUCUAUGAAUACUUAUUAUCUUUGUAGUUAUUUAAGAUUUAAUACAUUUCUAAACUUUAAUUCAGUAUGUCAAUCGGGUCGAUGGGGCUUCAACUGCAACAACAGCUGUGACAACUGCUAUAAUGGACAAUGCGAUAACAGAUAUGGCUCCUGUCUCCAGGGAUGUUUGGGAUUCAGAAAUCCACCAACUUGUAAAGAUGGUAAGUUUAUGAACAAGUAUUAAAUCAUUACAUUUAUCUCGUCGCUUAGUAGGAAUAGCGGUGAGUAGUGUCCCCCCCCCCCCUUUCCGAUUCGGCCGAAAAAAACACACAAAAAUAGACUUAAGGUGCUUGACGUGGUUGAUCUUUGACGAUUUGCCACUACUUUUUAGAAGCUUAAAUUUCGCCCACGGCCAUUUCAACGACUUUGUUUAACUAGUUAUUCAUGCAUAUAUUGUGUAAACAUCAACGUGUGUGUGUGUUUUCUUUUUGUUUUUGUUUUUAUUGGUGGUUAUCUCAACAUAUGCGCUUAAGCAGAUUUAAUGUUGGGGCCUGCAAUAUUAAAAAAAUUGAUAUUCAUUGCACCUUCAAACUAAAUACUCUGUGAAAGCUUCCACUCUUACCUAGAAAGAACACCUUCUUUGACCAAAAUCUCACGGACACAAGAUGUAAAUGCAAAAGCCUCUUACUUAAAGAGGUGAGGUUUUGUUCAAGUGUGGAAUGCUAAUAAUUUUAAAACUACACACUUUUAUAACAACCAUUUGAAGUGAGAAACCAAUUGUGGUGAUCAUUUAAUUUUGUGAAUGAAUAAACUGCGUAAAGUCCCCGCCUAACUUCUUAAUCAGUAAAUACAUUGCGUGCCUUUUUGUCCUCACUUUUGUCACCCAGCUGUUGAAUAUACUGGGUGGGCCACAUGAAACCGCCGCAUAUACGCAAACUUUUCCUCAAACAUUAUCAAUAGGUGAUCAUGACUGUGACUUGACACAGAAACGUAUCUGUUUUAUAUGGCCCACGCUUUAUAUGUGAGACUGUUUAUAUAAAUCUAUGCAAGAACUUUUUAAAACAUCUCUAAAUUUAUAAGAUCACUUUUGUAUUUCAAAAGAUUGCAUAUUUUAUCAGCGAAAUUAAAUGCAGCGAAAUAGCUGGAAACGAAAUAGCCCUGACGCGAAAUUCGUCCGAUUCCCUGAAAUGGACUAUCCACCAUGGUAAACGUUAAAAAUAUUUGAUUAAAUAUUCUUUUAUCCGGGUUUUAAUUUAAUUUUGUGAACGAUACGAAUUUUAAACAUAAAUCAGAAGAGAUGUAUUUCCCUAACAUACACGAAGAAAAAAUAACUUUGACAGAUCUUCUUCUUCUUCUAGGUUUUGAGGGCCCACGAUCAAUGAAUUGAUCAUUCUGGCUCCUAUUUAGGCAGGUCUUCUGUGACUAAAUAUUAUACAUAUACAUGUAUGAUUAUUUGUUAAGGUAAUGGUAUUAUUUGUUUUAAAUAGCUAGGGUUAUCUCAUGUGUAGCAAUUAUGGAAAUUUGUAUUAGGCAAGCCCAUGGUGGUUCAAAUCUUAGCAUCUUGACCAAGUGUUUCUUCAUAUAUUAUACAUAUAUUUGGUGUCCAUGGCAUUUAUAUCCUAUAAAACAUACUUGUGGCCUGCAUUGAGAUUCCAUCAUUGAUUCCUCCAUAAGGUUCCCCGCUGUUGAUCUUAACAACACCAUGGCUCUUAACAGCACCACAUGCGAUACGACCAGUUUUUUCUAACUUUAGGACUAUCGGGGCAUGAUAAAUAACAUUUAUUCAUUAAUUCAUUCUGGUAGUAUCUAUAGUUAAACAUAGACUGUAAAGUGGUAAUUAAAAGAAGUCUUUAGACCAUUAAUACUUUGAUAUCAUAACAAAUGUGAAGCAACUGAGCUAUUAGUGAAAUUGAAACCGCUGGUUUUAAUAAGCUAUCAUUGUUUAAUAGUAAACAAUGUUCCAAGAUUUUUGAAACGUACAUGUUUUUAAACUAAUCAAUAGACCUAUAUUCAUAACGAGCGCUUUUAAAUAACAUUACCAUGAACCACAGAAAUGACCAAACUCAGGGGGUGGAGGUGGUUGUCAUUCAUCCCUUUUGGGUGGAGUUUAGACACAGAAAUGUAAUUGGGUUUUUUCAGGGAAAAAGUGGGGGGGGGGGCAAAACAAAAAAUAGGCCAGCUUGUUGAGUUUUUUAUUACUGGACGCGGCACGGUACAUAGAAACUUUAAUGAAACCUGAAAAUUCAGUGAGACAGAUGCCCCCUUCUGCCCUACCCAAAUAAAGUCCCUAGUUAGACGCCCGUUGUAUAAGAAAAAAUAGGUGAAGUAGUAAGCUGUAAAACUAGUUAUUGGAUAAGAAAUGUAAUUGAACGUAGUCUUUAUUUCCAAACAUAAAGUCAGUGUCUGUUUUCGCAAUAAUUGGUUGGGGUCUUUUUGGUCAAACGUAGUAACUUUUUGUUUUAAGCUUCUUAUUCGCGUGCUAUUACAUUUUGUCUUGGUGGAAUCUUACAUCUCAAUUUGCAUCAUUUUCUUGAUCUCCAAUGGAGCUUAAACUUUCUAUACUCAUUCCCGUGAAGAAAACACGCUACUUCAUGAUCAGUAGAUAAACAUUAACCUCCAUCUAUUAUUGAGUGCUCCUUUGUUGAUAUCACAGGAACGGAAAGUGAUAAGGGCAUGGACAUUUCACUACAGCGUUGCCGUAUGUAUGUUUAGUCAAUGACGAUAACUAUUAACGUUAAUAAUACAUUUUAAACCCCAGAAAGGUCACCACAGACUCUUAAAGUGUAUGAAUGUCAUUGCCACAGAAUGUCUCGGCCCACUCACACUCGGCAAACAAGUGCGCACCGUAUCAGCGCAUAACAUAAGUAAUUAUAGUAAUGCCCUUUGAAAGGAUUUUAGCAUAUUGUAAUCAUCAUGACCACAGUUUUUUUUUAAACAUAAUAAUUUAAAUGAUUUUGACUUUUUUACUAAAAAUACAUAUUUAUUUCCAUAAUUCUUAUACUUUUAUUACAGACAACAUUAAGGAAACAGUACUAUACGUUGAAAUGGCAUUUUGGUUGUCUUUUUAUUAACAAAGAUUUGAUGCAAAAAAUUACGUGGAUCGCGUUAUUCGCGGUAAUAAUAUGAUAUUUAGCCUUUACCGACAGAUGAAAGAACUUAAGCUGACCCCAAGUUUGGCAGCGCUUUAGGGUGCGCCUAAUAUAAAAAUAGUCUCCCUUGACUUCGAUUGCAAAUAAAUAUAUUAAAUUCCUGUAUUAAUAGAAUCCUGUAGAAUAUACUAGAUUGUUUGAGGCUCUUAUACUAUGAAUAAGCCUUUUCUAAAAAAAUCAAUAAAACAGACUAUAAAUACCCAGAAGAUAGUUAUUUUUGCUAGCACUAUUACGAUAGAGCUCUAGUUCUUUAUUUCUUUUUUCUUUUUUAAUUUAUUAUUAACUUAGUAAAAUUAUUAAUUGUAAUUAGCUCUAGUUUAGGUAUUGCUUCUUUAUUAAUGUAAAUAAUUUAUGGUAUCGGCUUUCGUUGUGUACUUUUUUUAAACAGCCAUAUACUUAAAUAAGAGAUUAAAUUAUCUAAAUUAAUAACAGUACGUAACACAGUGUGCAACUAUUUUGUGUUGCCAAAACCGGUUUUUACCUGACUUUUGUGGCAAAAUGUGGUCAGAUCCAUAAGCGAUGUAUUUAAAGAUUAAAGAUUAGCAGUAAUGGGAUCUCAUAUCAGGUCAUGAAUUUACAGAGUACGAAUACAUUUAAACCAACUAUACCUCGAUUACUGAAGUUUAUAAAAUAAGAUGGCGUUUUGUAGUGAGGUCGCAAAAAAUACAAUUUUUACUAAUAAUCUGUGUGCAGAACUUUUGUAAUUUAUAUAUUUAGUAAGAAGUGAUUUAGUUUGUCAAUCCGGAUUCAAAAAUAUUUGUUCAGGUAGGCGAUGUUAAAGUUAGACCAGUUUUAGUGAAUUGGGGAUCGUGUUUUUCGAGACUACAUAUUUGCAAAGCCAUAUUUUCCACAUUACUAAAAACAAAUCACGUUUGAAUGAAAGAAGACUUUUUGGCAGCCACAUCAUGACGGUGAUUUAUCCAUAUUAUCGACUUAGUUGGGAAUAAUAAAGCUGUGUACAUAUCUUUCUGAAUUAUGUACUCAAAAGUGUGUCUUACAUUUUAAAAAAAUUAUGAAAAAUAAUGGGGUUUUUUGUUAUUUAUAUCAGAAAAAAAGAUACCACUUUGAAAAAAAAAAAACGCUUUUUGUCCGUAAUACACCGAGCUUUUGUGGAAACUUACACACAAACUUAAAAACCUUUACAUACAAAUUUUAAUUUUCUUGAAAAUUCUCUUUUGUAAUCGUUAUAUUAUUUAUUAUUGUCGGCUAAGUUGCCGUCGGUGAAACGACCCGUCUGUGAAAUGGCCCAGCGGCAAAGCGAUGUGGCGGAAAUGCCGUUACGAAUUAUCAUAGAUCGUUGUCUUAUUACACCCCUAAAAACACAUGCACUGAAAGAUAAAAUGUAUAUCUUUAAAACGCUAAAUUAAGAUACUGUUACGGAAGAAAUAACGAUAAUUUUGAAUUAAAGGGUUCAUAAGAUAUAUUUGCUACUAGUUAACAUAACCGGUGUCGCUAAGUGAUGCAUUCGAAAAAAAAAUACUCUAAAGAAUUGCUUAGCAUACGCUUUAAUUUAGUGUCCAGUCAAAAGCAUUUCACUAAGGUACAAAUUAAAAUGGAAAUUUAAUCCUAUACUGAAACAGUACUAUUUAUAAUAAAUCGUUUAAACAUUGAAUUUCGAGCCUAGAGUUUUUCAGUUAAUACACAAGCCGGGCCUUGGAUUUAAAAACCAAUUUAAAUUUUACAGAUUAAAAUUUAAAAAAGUCAUCCAUGAUUGCUUUAAAGCUAUGGAAGUAAAGGAUAAAAUAAAUUAUGUCUUUAAAUUGUGUAUUUGAAUACAGUCUCUCCUAUUUUGUUGAGCCUAUUUUUUUUUUAUUUACAAUGUUAUUCGUAUUCUAUCUUAACAGUAUGUUACCAAGGCGAAUACGGACUUAACUGUCAAUAUAACUGUUCAACAACAUGUAGCAACGCACGUUGUAACAAUGUAAAUGGUGCAUGUGAAAGCUGUAAACCUGGGUAUCAAGGGACAAUGUGUGAACAAGGUUUGUAG